CAAACGACUCAAAGACGACAUAACACCAGCUACGCCGAUGCUAAAAUUGAACAUUGAUUGUUUCGAAGAAAUAUUUGAGAGUGGCUAUCGUUGACGGAAUUAUUGGUGCUUCGUCAAACAUGCAAACGAUUAUGUCAAGUGAUUGAUUAUUACAUCCGGUUAAAUUACCCAAUGGUUAAAUUGAGAUACAAAAAAAUCAUUAUUUUUAACGAUAGUUUCAAAGAUUUCCAUAAGCUUGAUCCAUUUACCUUAAAAUCAAUCAAACAAAUUGAAUUUUGGAUAAAUUUAGAUAAAUCAAAAAUUGAAAUCAUCAAAAGUAUUUUGCAUCAAAUCGAAUGGCUUAAAAUUCCAUGGCAAUCGAAUCUCGAAUUUUACGGAUCAUUUUUAAGAUUUUGUCCAAAUUUAAAAUUCCUUUUUAUGUGGAUAAAACACCGCGAUAAGAAAGAAAUCGACGAAUGCAAAUGGUUACUUCAGCAUUAUCCGAAGUUGGAGCAUUUUGUAUUUGAUGAUGGUGAUGCCGGUGGGCCCGAACAUGGAUGGACAUUUUCUGAGUUAAGAAUAUUUUUCGAAAUGAAUCCAAAUAUUCGUCGUUUUUCGACCACUUUUCAUCUUUUGUAUGAAAAUCGUAAUAUCAUCCUAAACUCAAAAAUACAAUUUGAUCAAUUGGAUAUUCAAGGACGUGUACAGCGGCCCAUAGUUCAAGAUGUCUGUGUGCUAUUGAAUAAACUUCACGAGAAAAAUGUUCACAAACAUUUGCGUGUUUAUGCUUUAUUUGCCACAACUCAAAGCUUACAAUCUUCGUUACAUGCACUCAACGCAUUAUUCUUGGUCCAAACAAGGCACAUUACAUUACCACCAAUGCCGAAACUGAAAAUACUUGGUUUUAAUCACAGUUCUGUUAUUACAUUACCAAACAACCUCAUGGAUAUUGAACGAAUUUAUAUGGAAAAGGCCACUUUCAAUGAAGUUUUACAAUUUAUUCGAUAUGCGCCCAGAGUAACACACAUCAAAAUUUACUCACUGAAUGAUGGAACUUAUUUUAAUAACAAAGUCCUUGACUUGGAAGCCUUGAAUGAAGAUCGAAAGGUGUUGCAAGGUGCACGAAAAAUUACGAUUUAUGUUGAUGAAGAGAUUUUUCUAGCAACUAAAUGGACUUAUCAGACUACUAAAAUUCAAAACAUUGAAAUUAAGCGAUCACAAUCCACCGAAUGGGAAUCCCUUUGCUUAAUGUCAUCAGGGUAAGAAUAUUGCAAUUAUACCCGUAUAGU